AUGGUGAAGGAGCGGAGGAUGUCUCUCUAUUUAUUAUGGGGGGGGGCAAUUUUCCUCCUGCUCGGAGGAGAGGUUUCAUCUCAACAGGUGACCCAGAAUUGUCCAUCCCACGGGGAAAUAUUACCAUGUAAAUGCACAGUAAAAAAAAUGGGUUUGGACAUAUUGUGCGAAUAUACGGAUCCGAGUCAUAUAGCAAAAGCCAUGGGAGCAUUAAAAGGAAAACCCUCGUCUAUGGUUAUUUAUUAUUUAAAACUACGUCACAACAUGAUGCCUAAACUUCAAGGUUUUAUAUUUUUAGGAUUGGAAAUAAGUCAUUUGACCAUACACAACAGCAGUUUGGCAGUCGUUGAAGAAACUUCAUUGAGUUCGAUAGGAAACGGUUUGACGCAAUUAGAUUUGAGUGCAAAUAGUUUGAGCGUCGUACCAUCGGUCGCCCUGAAAAACCUCCAUCAUCUUUUGAUACUUAAUUUAAAUCAUAAUAAGAUUUCGAUUUUGCAUAAUAAAGCAUUCGAGGGUAUGGAUACGUUGGAAAUAUUAACCAUUUACGAAAAUAAAAUAAGCGUUAUUGAAGCAGACGCUUUUAAGGGCCUGGAAAAAAAAUUAAAACGAUUGAACCUUGGUAAAAAUGAAUUGACGUCAGUUCCGACACACGCACUUUUUUACAUGGACAAUUUAAAAAAGUUGGAAAUGCAAGAGAAUAAAAUAUCGGAAAUAACGGAAGAAGAUUUCAAGGGUUUACAUUCAUUGGACGGUUUAGUUUUGGCACAUAACAGGAUCAAAGAAGUCGGACCGCACGUUUUUCGUCAUUUGGGAUUGUUAACAUCAUUGGAACUCGAAGGAAAUUCGAUUUUUUACUUAGAUCCAAAUGCUUUCGUCGGCCUUGAAGAAAAUUUACAAUAUUUAAGACUCGGAGAUAAUAAUUUGCACACAAUACCGAGCGACACAUUGAAAAGAUUACACAGAUUAAGAACAUUGGAUUUGAGAGCGAAUAAUAUAAGUUACAUAGGAGAAGAUGCAUUUUUGGGUUACGGUGACGCCAUUACUUUUUUAAAUCUUCAAAAGAACAUGAUCAAAACGUUACCAGCGAUGGCUUUCGAUAAUCUCAAUUCAUUGGAAACGUUAAAUCUUCAAAAUAACAAAUUAACACACAUACCGGAAGAAAUAAUGGAACCGAUUGUCGACACUCUGAGAGUUGUUGAUAUAAUGGAUAAUCCGCUUAUUUGCGAUUGCGAAUUGAGUUGGUAUAAGGAAUGGUUGAAAAAUUUAAGAGGAAAAGAUGACGAAACGAUGCAUAAGAAAAGAAUUGUUUGCACAAUGGUGUCCGAACAUAGGGAAUACAACGUGCAGAAUUUACCCGUUGAUAAAAUGAAUUGCGUGGGUAAAAAUUUGGAAAAAAACACGAAAUAA